AGUAGAACUGAAAGUGCUUUAUUAACAUUGAAAAGUGUUACAUUUUUACGCUUAAUUAAUGUUCAUAGAAAUAUCGAACCGCGCUUUAAACUUAUAACUAACUAAGACUAAGGCUAAGAAAUUUUUUCUUACAAUUGAAACCUCAAAAAAUCAGUGACAACCUUGAACGUACGACACUGCACUGCACUGCACAACACUACACAAUUUUGGUGAACCGAUUUGCAAGAAAAAUAAAAUACUCUAUAAAGGAAAAAAAAUGUCGAACGAAUUGAGCGAAUUAAUCGCGCUAGGCUGCCCCGACCUUACUAGUAAUGGAGGCACUGAAAUUGUUAUGGUUAAUGCUGAACGACGUUUAAGCGUCAAACAGAUGACAGCAACUGACUUUGCUUUAGCGCGCAAAGCUGCAACAUCCAAUGAAUCACCAAAUACCGCAAAUAUAAAGGUAGCUACAACAGCAACGACAAAAGACUUGACGCCUAACACCAGUAGCAGUGUUUCGUUAGAAAAGGCAACACUAUCAUUAAGUGUUUCGCCUACAUCUACAGCAGUGACUGCAAUUACAGCCCGAAAAUUUGCUGCCUCUACGUCUAUAUCACCUAUAGCAACAACACCAUUAUCCCCUAGCCCCACUGAGACAUAUGCAGAGCAAAGUAAAGCGCAACAUUUACCCUGCUCUGCACUACGUGAUCGCAUUACAUCACUGCCCAAUGUAUUUGACGAUGGUAUGGCUCAACUUGUGCUAGACACAUUUACCGCUGUUGACUCACAGGCUGCUAAUAUUACUGCUACAAAACCGCAACUAGAACUGCAAUUGCCUGAGAAUUUGCACAAAGGUCAAGAGACCACAACUGUUGAUAAAAUGCAGAACAAAUGUUCUACUUCUAAUUCGUCGAUUGAUGAAUCUGAAACCGCAGAAAAAGCUUCUAUUGCUGAUUCAAUUGAGUUGAUACGCAUGCAACGUAGAGAGCGGCUACUUGCAAAUGAACAUGAACGUGAACGUUCAUAUUCACCACCUCUGCGUGAAAUACAUUAUGAACGAAGUUUGGCACCAGAUCGUCUACAUAGUUCCAGUAUUAGCAGUGUUGGCUCUGGUGCUUCAGCUUGUACUGGUUCUGUCAGUAUUUCAGCCUCAGUAAAUACUAGCAAUAAUGCUAGUCGCCGUAGUAGUAUUGCGAGUAAUUCAAUUGAUGUAACAGCAGUCUCCACUUCAGCAACAGUUAAAGUGCCAGCUGCAAAUGCUUUUCCACUGACCAAAACAUAUUCAACUCCAAAUAUGGAAGCACGUAAAAAUAGCUUAACAGCAGUUUUUCCGCCAGCUAAAGUUGACUUAAUUGAAGAGAGUACAUCAAAUACAUCGAUGACCCCGCCGGAACAAAGUCUAAAGCAGUCACAAAAUACUAUAAAUAAAACAUUUGAGAGAGUAAGAAAAACAAUAUCCAAAUCAAAAUCAAAAUCAAAGUCAAAAUCUCCGGCGACAAAGACUGUACAGAAAUCUGGUCUAACAUUAGCCGAAAUACAUAAAAUUGUUGAGGAUACUAUAAAACGAGAAAUACCUACCGGCAAGAUGGUACAUCGCACCAAAACGCCACCACCAGUUGGAGUUAAACUUGGUGUAAAUUUAAAAAAAGUAUCACCACCAAAAACUACCAUAACAGUUAAGAAAAAUGUUGCGCCAAUGUUGGGUGUUGUUUUGCGUAAGGUUGAAAAGAAGACAGAACCACAAAAAAGUAUACUCGACGAUGAUAAACCAUUGUAUCAUUUGUCUAUAGUACGCAGUGAUAACAAGGACUACAAACCGGCACAGAAACCAAAGCCAAAACCUGCGCCUACAAAUUUACAAAAAUCUGCCACAACUACAGCAAUGCCUACUAAACCAAAUCCUGGUGGUAUACUAACAGGACCUCAAGUUACGGCUAUACGCACCGUGCCGGUUAGCCAACAACAAUUGAAAACCUUACGCCCACAAAUGGGUGUACCAAUUACCAUACAGAAGAUUGAAGGUGAUAAAAUUAUUAUUAUCAAGAAAAUUAUUGUACCUAAAAAUAGCAAAAUACCGGAACAAUAUCUACAGGUUACAAAUAACGCAACAAAAGCUGCAAAUGAAACACCGUCACCAGUUGCUAGCAAUCAGCACACAGCAACGACAAUGUCAAGUAAAGAAUCUGCUGUAAAAAAUAUAUCAUAUGGCAAUGUGGCGUCUAAUUCAACAAGCAGUACAGGUAAUACGCUGGCGGCUACUACGACACCUACACAUAAAACCAUUAGUCAACCUAGUAAAGAGGAAAAUAUGCAGAAACCCACUUGCAUAUCUUUUACCAAUCAGUCGCCACAUCAACUUAGUCAAACACCACCACAACAUCAGCAACAACUUUUUAAAAUAAUGUCACCACAAUUCGCUACGGUGUUGUCGUCCAGUAAAGCUGAAACAAAAAGCGGUCUACGUUCACCUAUAUCGUCGCCAUUAGCAAUACGUAAAAAUCGAUCACUGUUACCUGGAAGUCCGAAAUCAACACCACCAUUACCGCGUAAGAACUAUCCACCAUUGUCCUAUAAUGCCAUUACAGGUGCUAUAACUUCACCAAUUGCUAUACCCGCAGUGCCACCUAGAAUGAUGGCUACCAUAACUUCUAGCCCGCCAUCUAGUCUGUCAUUAUCCUCAUCAAACUCAACGCCUUCUACACCCUCAACUUCACCACCACCACCGCUGCCUUGUCGUGCACCAAAACAUAACUCUAGCAGUAAUGUACAACAACUGUUAAAUGCUAGUCCAAAAAUGGUCAGAAAUAAUUCAAGUUAUAAGUAUGGACAUCCAACACAACAGUCUUUUACACCUCGGAGCACGACCAAACUACCAACUGUGAAUGCUCAAAAUAAUCAAAAUAGUAACAAAAUGCCGGUAAUUACAACGCAGCCGCUGUCUGAAAUUGAUCUUGAUAAACUCAUUGCCCAACAGAAGGAAUUAGAUGAAAUUAAUGCCACAGCUGCACAUAAUUCCAAAAUGGAUGCUAAUCUUUACGAUGCCGAAAUUGAAAUGAUGAAUAAAUAUUUGAAGAGUUUGCCAGACUACAGUGAAAUCGAUAAGAAAAUACAUCAAGAAUUCAAAGAAUGUGAAGAUCUCUGUGAGCGUUUGAAGAAACGUCAACAACCUUUGUCAAAAUCUAACUCACAACAAAAUGUAACACCUGCUUACUUUACUAAGACUCAGCAACCAGCCUUACCUACAAGUAGUGCUUACCUACCAAAUAAUAACUUGAGCAAAUCUUCAUCCAUUAAUUUUGGUCACCAAUUGUCCAGUCAACAAACUCCACCUAAUACAAAUCAAGCACAUAAAACACGCAUGGCGUAUCCCUCUAUAUUUGCUGCUUUAGGGGCGCCAAGUAAUACUACUCAAGCUCCAAAACUACAAAGAAGUGUAUCUAGUUCUAAUAUGCCACACUCGACGCAACAAUUAUAUCAAAGUAUGCACUCCUAUUUACCACAAUCAACACCAUUAGAUGCACAAGAUAAGAAUGGUUCAACAACAGGUUCAAACUUAUCAUUAAAUAAACAACUGAUGAAUGAUUUUUGGACUGAGAAUAUAGCCUCAUCACAAAAACGACAGACACCAAAACGUACCUUUUGGAAUUACGAGAAAAUUUGUAAUACUCAAUUAGGCGCAGCAGGUGCACCAUUAAAGGUGGACGCACAAACUGCAAAGAAGUUGGCGAUAUUUGAUCCAACUGUCGCAGAGGCAGCGCAGAAAGAAUUAUACAAACCCAACAAAUUGCAGAAAAAUGCUUCUCUAUCACAUUUGGACAUGAAAGUGAGGCAAGCAGUUACCAAGGAAGAUCUCUAUAAGUUGAUUUGCAAUGAAAAUCCACAAACCACUGGACCCACUACUUUUAACUCGCCGAAUGGUUUCGUAAGCAGAGUGCCAGUAAAAAUUAAUAAUCCGCAAAUUUCUGAACCAAUGACAACUAAUUUAAACAAAAGUGUUUCACUUUUUCAUGUACCCUCCGUUGGGGUACCACAGAGUAUUGGCAUGACAAAUAAUUUGAUUCGUUCCAAUAGCAAAACACACAUACCAACCUAUAUGAAGCAUUUACCAUCUCUAACUCGUAGUACUUCAAACACUGCUAUACUCUUGCCAGCACAGGUACAGCAAAAGGAAACAAAUUCUAAUGCAACAACUGUGGCAAAACAAAUUAGUCAACCGAAAAUUGCAGCCGCAACAAUUAAUAGCAAUGCGUCAUCAACAUCUACUGCAGUUAUAGCGAAUCCCUACCGCGGCCUAUUGAAAAGUUCAUCUAGUUCAAGUAUUUUAGGUGUUGGAGCCUCAACUAAAUAUAGUCCCUUUCAAAUGAGUCAGUCACAUUUACAUGCAUCUGACUCAUGCCAGCAUCAAUUAGCAAAUAAGUCAACAGCAACACCUCUCGCACCAGCGAUGACUACUUCUUUAGUGGCUCCCAAUGAAAAACCAACAUCACCCUUAAGUGAUGAGCUAAUGAUGCGACAAAAACAAACUCAACUGCAACAACAGCAACAACAGCAACAGCAGCAGCAUAUGCAACCUAAACUAGCAAAAAUCAAUGAGAAUACAAACUCAAUUAGCGAUAUUGCUCAAGCAACAGAAUCUCCGUCCCUCGAACGUAAGUCCGAGAAAAGCAAUAGCACGAUCAGUACAAAUAGUGUGACAGUAACGAAUUGCUGCGCUACACAUCUACCGCAAUUAUCAAAGUUUACGUCAUCAUUUCAUAUACCUUCAACUGCAGCGGAUAGUAAAGCACAGCAACAACAAUCAAAGCAAACAACAGGUACCACAAGUAGCAAUAACAACAGUAACAGCAAUAGCAGCAAUUACAAGAUAACAAAAACGCAAAGUGCUGCCAAUAUAGAAUUGUCGAAACGUCAAAAAGAAACCGACAAUAAAGUAGAAAAAUCUGUAGCUGACAUGCUAAAAAUAAGCAACAAUAAUAAAUCAACGUUAACAAUGACACCAUCAACAACUGCUACUACUGCUGCUCAGACUGCAGCUGCUGCUGCAAUUGCAACAUCAGCAACAAUAACAGACAAUAAAUUGAUUGCAAAACAAGAAUCCUUGCAAAAUUUAGGCAAACCAAUCACAAGCAAAACAACUACAGAAACAAAUACAACAGCAUCACAAAUACCUUUACCAAUAGCUAGUAUUGCAACAUCAACAACAACUGCACCAACAGCAGCAACGCAACAAUUUGUUAAGAAAAAUUUUCCUAUUGGAAAAUCCAAUUCAACAUCACAAAUUCAAACUGCUUAUCAAAGACAGUGUAUACUACAGCAACAACAACCGCUACCACAACCGCAACAACAGCAUCACCAAAAUCCAGAACAACAACAUUUACAACAGCAAAAUAUGUUGAGGCAACAGCAGCAGCAACAACAACAACAUGUGCAAAAUUAUCCGCAACAUAAGCGUCCUUUCUUAAAUUGGAAUUCGUUUGCUUGCUCAGCUAUGAGUGGUAGUAUUGAUCCUUUUAUGCAAAAGCAACAACAACAACAACAUCAUCAGCAGCAGCAACACAAAUUACAACAAGUACCAACAACAACAAAUGUUGCUAAGAAAUUAGUGCAACAACAAUUACCAACACAACCUAAACCUGCUACAGGUCUAGCAGCAUUUUUACAAAAAAGCACUAAUAAAGAAAAUAAAUAUAUUGCACCAACGACAAUUCCCCAACAAAUAUACGCUACUACAACGCAAUUUCAACAACAUCCACAACAACAACAACAAGUGGUGUAUGCUUAUCAACCGCAACAUCAACAACAACAAAUGCAACAGCAACAAAUGCAUCAGCAGCAGCAGCAACAACAACAACGUCGCAAUCCAAUUACCCAUUCAGCUUCAUUCACUACAACACAACGUCCUACGGUGAUGGCAGCUUAUCCACAACAACAAUUGCAUUUAGGACAAGUAACAAAGCAACAACAACAACAAGUUGGAGGUACUUAUUAUAGUAAUAACCCACAGCAGGGCCCACAGCAGCAACAAAAUGAACGCAAAGUUUUACAAACAUUUGAACCGUAUUUAUAUGCGAAGCCAACUAAUUUAAGUGUUGGGAAUUUGCAGCAAUCUUUUUACCAACAGCAACAGCAACAACAACAACAACAGCUGCAGCAACAGCCAAUUAAUGGUGGCGGUGUUUUAAUGCAACUUCCGCAACAACAAGCGCAGCCCGCAGUACAGCAACAAACGCAACAUGUUGCUGGAUUUUAUGCUUAUGGCUCAAAGCCGAUGUUGCAAACGGCGGCACCUAUUGCAACAAUGACUUUUGAAUCUACCGUCAAUGCAGCAACUGCGCCAACAUUUAGUCCGAUUAUUCUGCAACAACAACAGCAGCAGCAACAACAACAACAUCAGCAGCAACAACAAUUGGAAUGUAAUUCAAUUAAUUUAAAUCAAACACAAAAUCAAAUGUCAAAAUCUGCAAUUGCACAUUUUUCGAGUAUCGAGACAGCAAAGCCGAUCAUUCAAGACGAUACAGAUGGGCAUUUAAUAUAUCACGCCGGCGACAUAUUGCAUCAUAGAUAUAAGAUUAUGGCAACUUUGGGCGAGGGUACCUUUGGGCGUGUCGUGAAAGUGAAGGACAUGGAAAGAGAUUACUGUAUGGCAUUAAAAAUUAUUAAAAAUGUGGAAAAAUAUCGUGAAGCCGCUAAACUCGAAACUAAUGUUUUAGAGAGAAUAUCACAGAAGGAUCCACAUUGUGAUCAUUUAUGUGUUAAAAUGGUUGAUUGGUUUGACUAUCACGGCCACAUGUGCAUCGUUUUUGAAAUGUUGGGCUUGAGUGUUUUCGAUUUCUUGCGUGAGAACAACUAUGAACCGUAUCCAUUGGAGCAAGUACGGCACAUGGCCUAUCAAUUAUGUUAUGCGGUCAAAUUUUUACAUGACAAUCAUUUGACACAUACCGAUCUUAAGCCAGAAAAUAUACUUUUCGUUGACUCAGAGUAUGCAACACACUAUAAUCAUAAGCUAAAUUGUGAAGUGCGACGUGUCAAAAACACUGAUGUCCGCCUUAUUGAUUUUGGUUCAGCUACAUUUGAUCAUGAACAUCACAGCACAAUUGUUUCAACACGUCAUUAUCGUGCACCAGAAGUUAUCUUAGAAUUAGGUUGGUCACAACCUUGUGAUGUUUGGUCUAUUGGUUGCAUUCUAUUUGAACUGUAUUUGGGUAUUACACUAUUUCAAACUCAUGAAAAUCGCGAACAUCUUGCCAUGAUGGAGCGCAUACUUGGACAAAUUCCUUAUAGGAUGGCACGUAACCAUACUCUUUACAGCAAAACUAAAACUAAAUAUUUCUACCACGGUAAGUUGGAUUGGGAUGAAAAGUCAUCAGCUGGACGUUACGUUCGCGAUCAUUGUAAGCCAUUAUUCAGAUAUCAAAUGAGUGAUACUGAGGAUCAUUGUGAACUCUUCGACUUAAUUAAAAAAAUGCUUGAAUAUGAGCCAUCCCAACGUGUUACUUUAGGUGAAGCCUUGAGGCAUCCAUUUUUCGAAAAACUUCCACCUCAUCAACGUAUCGGUGAUCUUGGUAACACUAAACAAAAUACCUCAUCAGGUAGUAGCAGCCGUGAGCGUUCUCAUAGUUUAUCCAGAUGAGAUUUAGCACGAUUUGGUUACUGCUAAGAAGUUCAAAGGUUAUCACAGCAGCAACAACAACAACUAACGAGACAAUUAUAACAAUAAUAGAGUAAUAAUUAGAAAAUUUGAUGUUUGUUAGAACACCAACAGAACAUUAAUAAUAUUUGAUAAUUAUUAAACAGACAUAAAAUUCGGUCUGUGAAGACAAACUUAAAACAGCUGCUACUUAAAAAAUAUCCAAAACAGUAUAUUUAUAAAAAAAAUUAUUAAAGUAUAUUGUAAGCUAAUAAUAUAUUUUAUAUUCUAUGUUAGCUUUUUUAUGUAUCAUUUUUUAUGGACAUUUCAAUAUCUUUUAACUUCAUCAUAAUUUAAUUCAGUAAAAUACUACUAUAUACUACUAUAUAUUUUUCUCUAUGUUUGUCCU